AUGAGAUUAUCAUCAUUUGCUGUCCCCAUCCUCUUUAUAUCAACUACAUUCGCUCUCUCUAAGCUACCGCGUCAUUACAGGCGCACCCUUAUGCCAGAUGGUGUCUGUGGCUCUCUCAACUCUGACCUGGUUCUCAACGAUGUCUUCGAUGACUAUGGCAAACCCACUGUUGCAGGCCACAUCGAAGCUUGCCUUUGCCUCUCAGAUGUUGCCGAAUUCGUGGAAUCAAACGCCGUCGCACAGAAAGCUGUCGAACUUCUUUGUGACGAAUCUAAGGUGGUGUCCUUGAUCUCGGACAUGAUCACAGACCUUCCGACAGCCUCGCACUGCUCUUACCCUGAUCACGCUCGUCCUCUUUGCACGGAUUCCAAUCCGUGUGAUUUUAAAUGCGCUGAUGGGUACCUAGCCUUCCCUUCCGAGAGGCCCACUUCUUGUAAAUGCCCUGACAACUUCAUGGAGUGUGAUGGAAAGUGCGGUCCUUUUACGGUGUGCCCCAGCAAAGCACCUCCGUCCCGUCGUGACAAUGAGCCCCGUUGUGCCGCUGGCCGCACCAUGUGUGGGGUCCCUGGUACUAGCACUGGUCAACCUUGGAAGUGCGUCGAUGUUACAACCGAUCCUACGACUUGUGGUGGAUGUGUUGAGGCAUGUCCUUUCGGACACGCACCCGUCACUGGCGUGAACUGCACGGAUAUCAAGGGCGUCAUCCCUGACACUGUUUCUUGUGGUAACGGGCGUUGCAUUGUGAAAGACUGCGCAAAGGGGUUCGUCGUCAGUUCUGCUUCGGAUACAUGCAUUCCCGAGUCCGAACGUUUCACCGCUGGCUCUGAGCAACAAAGCGGAGCUGCUACUCCUGGCUCUAGUGCUUCAACUGAAAGCACGGAAAGUUUCAAGUCUUCUCGUCGCGAGGUUACCGUACCAAAGCACAGUGCAAGCAGCGCUAUCGCUCCAGUCGGUGGUUUGAAGACUCGUGAUAUUAUUGGUGAUAUUCAGCAUGGCACUGGCGUCAUCCACCCAGUCCUUCGUGCGACUGAGCGUCUCACUCCCGGCGGUUACGCAGGUCCCGCAGGCGUCCAGGGCGCCAAGGAAGUUUCUCCUGCCUCUGGCGCAGUUAAGGGCACCUCCAAUGGCUUCAAAGCGACUCGUAAUGUUGGUCUGGCUCAUGAUGCUGGCAUUGUGCCCAUCGGUGCUAGGAAUCUUGCUGUUGGCCAUAUGGGUGCAUUCACUGGCACCCAUGAGGUCUGUGAUGUGGAUGCGGACUUGAUACCUGUUGCUGGUACUUGUUAA